AUGCGUUGGAAGCAAAACAAGCUCUACACAAAUGAUUUACCAGGCUCACAACUGAAUACGGAACCUUACAAAAACAACCCAUUAAGGACCAAAAUGUGCAUGCCCGUCCUUGCGACUGUUAUAGAUCAAUGCGAGGUCGCAGCCAGUUUGCAGGAGAAGAAGGUAUAUGUGGAUAAUUUAUUACACAAUAUUUGA